GUGCCAUGGGUCUUGGCUUGUAGCUUAAAUUAUACCAUUAUAACUUUAGUCUCUUUUAAAUAGUAAUAAUUCAAUAUAUUCCCUUUAAACCUCUAGAAUUUUUUUUUUCCAAUUUUAUUUCGACCCAUCCCACAAUUCUGUCUUUGCUCGUAGAUGAAAUGAAGGAGCUUAUCGAAGUAAAAAGUUUUCUGACGUGAAGGAAAUAGAAUACAAGAAUGGCAGAUGAUGAGGAUAAUAUUCCUGUGUCCUAUUUACAACAUCGACGGAGUGAUGGAAUUAUAAACAGUCAAAUGAGGAAGCUCUUGACUGUCAAAUAUUUAAUCCCUGAAAAUACAGUUGCGCUUCUAUAUCUAUAGAGGCCUGCAUUAGUACAAUCAUUGGUGGGUGACCUCAAACUGCAGCCAUGUUCCACUUGUCACCACACCAUCCAUAUAUACCAAUUAUCAUCAACUAUUGGUGCAUAAUGUCGAAAACUAAAUGAAAGAUAAUUCCCCCAUGUCAUUAAAUUGGUUCAAAUAUAUAAUCUACGAGAUGAUUUGUUAAUCCAUGCCCCACCUCAUUAAAACAUGGAACGUUGCAGCCCUACCCCUACCCCUGCCCCUGUGCCUCUACAUAUACAUAAUUCAUGCCAACUGAUCUGCCGGUCCUUCCUCGAAUCUUGAAUUGCAUAAAUCAACCGAGUUAAAUCCGGUGUGUCCUCGUCCUAUAAACUUUCGUUUAGAGUUUUCCUAUGGAGCCUGCGAAUCAGCAUCCGGAACCAAGAGAUGAGAUCGAAGAGGGUGAAAUCGGUGUCUUCGGUGCCGAAAAAUACUUCAACAUGGAGCUCGAUGAUGGUGAGUGUCCCAAGCUUUAUGACAAGUAUUCGAACCAAAUCGAUCUUCAUCAUAUGACUCUUAGUGCAAGUUCAGAAACCAGUUGGAACAUCCAAUCUGUUUCGUUACCGAAUUUUACAAGGAGUCGAUCCGAAAACAGGCGAACCAAGGUCGAUGGAAGGAGCUUUUUCUCCAGUCUUGGUAGCAGCGGGUCCUCUUCAGAUGGGAAAUCUGUUUAUCUCAAUCAAAACGUUGUUCAUGGAAAGGAUUACAGCAAAGAACACAUUCGAGCCGAUCACAGGCCUAUAGACAUGGAUGGAACGAAGCUGGUUCAAGCAAAAUUUAAGGUGGAAGAUGAGUUUGACACCCAGAGUUUCGAUCCACGAAAAUCCCUGGAAGUGUUCGGAUCCAGUGGUAUGAACAAAGGAGACAUAGCCAAGAACCUUGAGAGGAAACUGUGUAAGUUAACAUGGGAUGCCUUUCCAAAUGCCCCAACCAUUUCAUCUAUAUACAAAAGCAGGCUUCUAGGGGAUGAUGAUGAUGAACAUAGUGAAGGUAGCUCAGAUCUCUUUGAGAUAGGCAACAUAUUAGGCGAUGGUGAGAUGACCCCAUAUGCACCAAGCGAGACCAGCAUUCAAUGGAGUGUGGUCACUGCCAGUACUGCAGCUGACUGCUCAUUUGUUUCAGGUUACGAUGAUGAAACGAAAUCAGCGAAAAGUAUUAGCGCUCCGGCAUCAAAAACCACCGUCAAAGAGGCUCAAAGAAGCCGAUCAGGUGGGAUAUUGGGGUGCCGAAGACACAAAGCAGUCAUGGUGGCUGAAAGUACUGCAUAUAGAAAGAGAUGCAGAAUGGCAUAAUGAAAUUGUACUGGGGGAGCGGGGACAAUCAUGGUUUGGAGGUUCUGUACAGGAUUAAAGCCAAGUUGCUUUUGAAGAAGCAGUCUUUGCCUCACUUGAGAGACUACAAACAUACAACUUUGCGUUGGCAUUUGUUGUUUGUGUUCCAAACUGAAGAUCCUAAAACAUGAUGACGGAAAAAGUGGCAUAUAAUAUCACGUCUUCAAAUCUCCCAUUCCCAUGUUCUUGUCAUCUAUUGUAUGUUGCAUUUGUAAUCUUAUAUAUAUAUAUAUAUAUAUAUAUAUAUAUUAAAAUCGAAAUAUCAGUACUUCUACGUGAAUAGCUUAAAAUGUC